AUGGAGAACCAGUCUAAGGUCGACCCGUCCAAUGGGCCCAGUCGUCCUCUGGACGUUGUGCCCAGUUCGGAGGAGAAGAUGAAGGAGAGAGGUCAGUGGGGGAACAAGGUGGAGUUUGUCCUGUCGGUGGCGGGAGAGAUCAUUGGCCUCGGCAACGUCUGGCGAUUUCCCUACCUGUGUUAUAAGAACGGGGGAGGUGCAUUCUUCAUCCCCUACCUCAUCUUCCUCUUCGCCUGUGGCAUUCCCGUCUUCUUCCUAGAGACGGCGUUGGGACAGUUCACCACCGAGGGUGGGAUCACCUGCUGGAGGAAGAUCUGCCCUCUGUUUGAAGGGGUUGGCUAUGCCACUCAGGUCAUUGUGGCGCUGUUAAACAUUUAUUACGUCAUCGUGUUGGCCUGGGCCAUCUUCUACCUGUCCAACUCCUUCACCUGGGACCUGCCCUGGUCCUCCUGCAACAACAGCUGGAACACAGAUUCCUGUGUGGAGUUUCAGAGGGGGAACAGGUCCAUCAGUCACAAUGAGAACACCACUUCUCCAGUCAUUGAGUUCUGGGAGCGUAGAGUGCUCCGAAUCUCUACCGGCAUCGAUCACAUUGGUUCUCUGAACUGGGACCUGGUUGUGUGUCUGGCGGUUGCCUGGGUCAUCUGCUACUUCUGCAUCUGGAAAGGCGUCAAGUCCACUGGCAAAGUGGUAUAUUUCACUGCCACUUUUCCAUACGCCAUGCUGGUCAUCCUGCUGAUCCGAGGGAUCACUCUUCCAGGAGCCUACCGGGGAAUCCAGUUCUACCUUUACCCUGACCUGGGACGCCUGUCCGACCCACAGGUGUGGAUGGAUGCUGGAACACAGAUUUUCUUCUCUUAUGCCAUCUGUCUGGGCUGUUUGACAGCCCUGGGCAGCUACAACAAGUACAACAACAACUGCUACAGGGACUGCUUGUCUCUCUGUUUCCUGAACAGCGGCACCAGUUUUAUGGCGGGCUUCGCCAUCUUCUCCAUCCUUGGCUUUAUGUCGUACGAGCAGAACGUUCCCAUCUCAGAGGUGGCCGAAUCUGGUCCAGGUCUGGCCUUCAUCGCGUAUCCCCGCGCUGUGACCAUGAUGCCUUUCUCUCCUCUGUGGGCCUGCUGCUUCUUCAUUAUGAUCGUCUUCCUGGGGCUGGACAGCCAAUUUGUGUGUGUGGAGAGUCUGGUGACGGCCAUGGUGGACAUGUAUCCCUCCACCUUCCGCCGGAAGAACCGCAGGGAGCUCUUCAUCCUGCUGGUGGCCGUGGUGUCCUUCCUCACCGGCCUCAUCAUGCUGACCGAGGGGGGCAUGUAUGUGUUCCAGCUCUUCGACUACUACGCCGCCAGCGGGAUGUGCCUUCUCUUCGUGGCGGUUUUUGAGACCGUUUGCAUCGCGUGGAUCUAUGGUGCGGAUCGUUUCUAUGACAACAUUGAAGACAUGAUUGGAUAUCGACCCAGCUCCGUCAUUAAAUAUUGCUGGCUUUUCUUCACUCCUGCUACUUGUUUUGGUACUUUCGCCUUUUCGUUGAUAAAGUACACUCCUCUGAAGUACAACAACGUGUACGUGUACCCUCAUUGGGGCUACGGCCUCGGCUGGAUUCUAGCCCUGUCCUCCAUGCUGUGUAUCCCGUCCUGGGUGGCUUAUAAAGUCUACAACACCCCCGGCACCAUGAAGGAGCGCCUCGCUCUGCUCACCACGCCAUCCGCCGACCUCCCCAAGACCAAGCUGGACCAGGAGAAGCUGCUGGCCAUCUUCGCCGCCGACGGCGGCAGCCUCCGUCAGAAGGCCCCUCCCACCAAGGACGGCUACUUCCCCGUUGAUGAGAAGGAGUCGCACUGCUAG